AUGGAAAUUUUGGUAAAUUCUUUUGGCCAGGAACACAACAUAUUCAGCUCCGCAGUGCAUAAUAACUUGUUUUUCAUGGUGGAGUGCUCAAAGAUUUCCGAGUACUUGAGCAUAAUGAGAUCAAGUUUCCUCGUGUGCCUGUUUGUUUGCUCUUCCUGUCAGGCCUCUGUUUCCAAUGGGCGGAAACUACAGGGGAAGACAUGGUGCGUGGCUCAGACAGCAGCCCCGGAUGAUAAACUUCAAGCAUUUUUGAUAGCGACUUGUGAAAGGUACAAUUGUAAGGCUAUAAUGCCAGGAGGCCCCUGCUAUCAACCCGCGAAUAUACAUAACCAUGCUUCUUAUGCUCUUGACAUCGCUUAUAGAGGCACUGGGGUUUGCAAUCCUGAUGUUGGCACCCCAACCAUCACCGAUCCUUCUUUCGGUAGCUGCCAUUACCCAUGA